UUUUAAAUAAUUUUAUAUUUCAACACAUACUCUUUUCACAUAAAAUUUAUUCACUUUUUAACAACAAAAUGGUUGAGGGCAAAAUUAACGAAAUCCACGGUUGGGCCGCCAUGAAGCCCGGACUCAAGGUCGAGCCCUGGUCCUAUACUCCCCGCCCCCUCAGCGACACCGACGUCGAGAUCAAGAUUGAGUACAGCGGUAUCUGUGGCUCCGACCUGCACACUAUCAAGGAGGAGUGGGGAGGAACCAUGUACCCGGCGAUUGUUGGUCACGAAAUUGUUGGCAGAGUGAUUACUAAGGGAUCCAAGGUGACCCAUCUGGAGGAGGGCGACCUUGUCGGUGUCGGUGCCCAGGUUCACGCAUGCCUUGAGAACAGCUGCAAUGCCUGCAGCCGCGAUCUCGACCCCCACUGCCCCAAGAGUGUCUUUACGUACAACGCAAAGUACACCGAUGGCGAGCAGGCCCACGGUGGCUACGCCGAGGCUGUGCGCGUUAACUCCAGCUACGCGUUCAAGAUCCCCGCGUCCAUCGACCCCGUCUACGCCCCUCCUCUGAUGUGCGCUGGCGCCACGGGUGUCAAGAAGGGCGACCGUGUUGGUAUCAUCGGUAUUGGUGGUUUGGGCCAUCUCGCCAUCCAGUAUGCGCAUGCUCUGGGUGCCGAGGUCGUUGCCUUUUCGCACUCGCCCAACAAGCGCGAUGAGUGCUUAACUCUGGGCGCCUCUAUCUUUGUCAACACUGCUAAUGAGGAGGAGGUCAACGCCGUGCGCGGCACCCUGAACUACCUGUUCGUCACGUCCAACUCGCACACCAGCCAGUACGGUAACUUGGUUGUCCUGCUUGCUCUUCCCGAGGGCGAGCUCAACAUGUCGCCCAGAGUCUUCAUUAAAUCCGAGGUGGCCAUUACUGGGUCGCUGAUCGCUGGUGUCAAGGUUUUGAAAGAGACUUUGGAGUUUUCGGCUAAGCACAAGAUUUUCCCUACUAUCGAGCGGUUCCCCAUGGAUCAUGUCAACGAGGCCAUUGAGCAUGUUAGCAGCGGCAAGGCUCGGUACCGCGUUGUGCUUGAGAACAAGCAGUAGAUUGUAUUAUUUAUUUGGCGUAUAUUUUUAAUAUAAUUUUGUUUGUUUCUAUUUA